GAUGGGAGGCCGACGUCACCCUGCACAGCGGAGGAGUGGAUGGCCUCUCUCUCUCUCUCUCUGUCUGUAAUAAAAAUACAUGAAGAGAAUUGAGGAAAAGGAGAAGAUUGGCCGACGGCGGGGGGGAAGCAACAACACGCCGUUUUAUUCCUUUCUUCACACCACGCGACUCAACAGUGGAAGUAGGACGCCUUUUUUUUUUUUUUUUACGCACGCGUGGAUGAAUUUUCGCUGCUGCGCCGGGGACUCGGGCUGAAAUGUUGUGUUAUGUGUGGCUUUCUUGGCUUUUUUUUUCUCCCCUCAGCAGACAGAGAGAGAGAGAGAGAUAACUGUACUGUAUCCCAGACUAGCGGAUUGGAGUGAAAGUCCGCCAUAUUCUUGCCUUACCACGCCCGGGGAGUGGAGCCAUUGGAAAACAAACGGAGAGCUUUUAUUUACAUGUGUUUCCCAAAUGUCUUCCUCAUCCACGGACGAUAACUUGAACUCGAGUGGAAUUUGCUUGAUUGAAAAACAGCAACAUUGAAGACUAUAAAGAGAGAGAGGCACGGAUGGCAAAUGCUUCAUAGUUAAGGAGAUCACCCAGAGCUGCACGGAGGAUGUGUCUUUAAAGGAUCUGUUGAUCAUAUUGAGAAGGAAAAGCAGAUUACACCAAUUAAGAUUGCACUGAUAUUCAUCUCAAAACCGCUUUGGACACUUGUUUUCGAGCUGUCAGGAGACACAGACAGCCAACCGAAACGGGGGAAGGGGGGGUAGCCUAAAUAAUAAUUCGUCAAAUAUCUCAUUUCUUUCAGCACAAUCUGUGCUCUGUACAGACUCAUUAUCAGGGGCGUCCACGCGUUAUUUCCCCUCUAGGCCUGUAUGAGGAUUUGUCAUUCACACCUCUCGGUUGUUGUUUUUAAACUGAUUUGACAUCUGAAUGAAUCAGUAAGUGGGAAAAGGCGUGUUCUCCCCCCUUCCACAUAUAGUAAACAAAAACUCAGAAAAUGACCCUGGAAUCCAUUAUGUCGUGUUGCCUCAGCGAGGAGGCGAAAGAAGCCAGGCGGAUCAACGACGAGAUCGAGAGGCAGCUCCGCCGGGACAAGAGGGACGCACGCCGGGAGCUGAAACUGUUGCUUCUCGGCACUGGAGAAAGUGGGAAGAGCACAUUCAUCAAACAGAUGAGGAUUAUUCACGGCACCGGGUACUCCGACGAGGACAAAAGAGGAUUCACUAAACUGGUCUAUCAGAACAUCUUCACGGCCAUGCAGUCGAUGAUCCGAGCCAUGGAGACGCUCAGGAUCCCCUACAAGUACGAGCACAACAAGGGCAACGCCAACAUCGUGAGGGAGGUGGACGUAGAAAAAGUCAGUAUGCUCGACAACCCUUAUGUAGACGCAAUCAAGAGCUUAUGGAACGACCCCGGGAUCCAGGAGUCCUACGACCGACGGAGGGAAUACCAACUGUCAGACUCCACCAAAUACUAUCUGAACGCAUUGGACCGGAUCGCAAAGCCAGGGUACCUCCCCACCCAGCAGGACGUGCUGAGGGUCCGAGUCCCCACGACGGGCAUCAUCGAGUACCCGUUUGACCUGCAGAGCGUCAUCUUCAGGAUGGUGGACGUCGGAGGUCAGAGGUCAGAGAGGAGGAAGUGGAUCCACUGCUUUGAGAACGUCACGUCCAUCAUGUUCCUGGUGGCGCUCAGCGAGUACGACCAAGUGCUGGUGGAAUCAGACAACGAGAACCGGAUGGAGGAGAGUAAAGCUCUGUUUAGGACAAUAAUCACGUACCCCUGGUUCCAAAACUCCUCCGUCAUUCUGUUCCUCAAUAAGAAGGACCUGCUGGAGGAGAAGAUCAUGUACUCUCAUCUGGUCGACUACUUUCCAGAGUACGAUGGUCCUCAGAGGGAUGCUCAGGCGGGACGAGAGUUUAUCCUCAAGAUGUUUGUGGACCUGAAUCCCGACAGCGAUAAGAUCAUCUACUCUCACUUCACCUGCGCCACCGACACAGAGAACAUUCGCUUCGUCUUUGCCGCCGUCAAAGACACCAUCCUGCAGCUCAACUUAAAGGAGUACAACCUGGUGUAGAGCGGAGCCACACACACUGACUGACACUAUCUGUGAAGAGAAAGAACACACACACACACACACACUCAUAUGAGAGCAAAUCAGAGAAGAAAAAAAAAACGUAGCGGUUGCAGAAUAUUAAUUUAUUUGCAAAUUUUUGGUCCCCACAGGGUUCACAAAAAAAAGUUGUAUAUUGCUAUUUAAGAAGGAGAUGAAAUGUUAAGGAGGCGAGGCAGAUAUUUUGGAGGACUUUGCUGUUGAACAUGUGCAUCAACAAUCCUCAUUUUUAAGGCUUUGCGCAUUGUGAAGUUUUGCAUUUUUUUGUUGAAUUUUUUUGACAAAUAGAAAACGACUUUGUUCAUUUGAGGUUAUGGUGUGGAGAGAAAUGUAACGAAUGCAGUGUGCUCCCCCUCUCUGCCUUUUUAUACACAUGAAAAAACAGUUUUAUCUUUAGUCAGUCGGUUAAAUCUGAGGCUUUGUCCUCGAGGGAAAGAUGUAACACACGUCUCUUUGUGACAGAAAGGCGGAAACUGAGAUUUUCAGAUGAUUUCACCUUGAUUUGGUAUCAAUUAAUUCCAUCUUUCGUAUUGCAUUGCAUUGACUUUGGUACCAUCUGAUGAGCUGAGCAUGUGUCACCAUGAAAGUAUAUUACACCUAGCCUUUGUUUGUCAUGUGUUGAGUGACAGACACAUGACAGUUCUGCAGCAUUAACGUAAACAUAAAGUGAACAAGUUUGAGAGAACCCGGCUUUAAAAUGCUUUGAGCUCAGAGAGAUGUAAGGCUGUCAAAAUGUCCACUACUCAGAUAUUUUUUGGACACUUUUUUUGAUAACACGUAUUUCAAAAUAAAACAAUAUACAUUUUUUUAAUGACCAAUACUCGCAAAAAGUAAACAAACUUAAGAAAAACCUCCACACCUUAAGUCAAACUUUAACCAAAAGCUGCCGAGAACAAGAUGGAAUUCACAGGUCAGCAAAUACUUCUACUUCCCCCGUAGUCCUUUUUUCCUCAACGAUACAUGAAUGUCUCUUACAAACAAAAAGCAGAGGAGGUUUAAGGUCUAAAUUGCAAACAUUUUUCCGGCACAGAAACUCGUCUGAUGUUUUUGUGCAAUUUACGAGACGGUUUUGCUUUCAAGUUUUGGUGAUUGAAAUCAAGAAACUGCCUAAUACUGGAUGCCUCUGGAAGCCUCUAUUUUUCGUUGCCAUGGUAUCCAAACGGGUAUCGAUAUGGUUUGAGUCUGACUUCGUUUCGAUGUUUAAAAAUUCUGGUAUUGGGACAACCCAAGGAUGCACAUGCAGACCUGGUCUUGUCACGUAAAUCCUGAUGGAGCUGUGGGCGUCUCACAGACUGGAGGGAGUAGAAGAGGUUAUAAUUUAUGAGACAAUGUUUUGUUCAACUGUGCCACAUUAACGCUUUUUUUUUUUAAAGAUGGUAACAUGUGUAUUUAUUGCCAAUGCCAAAAACGACAGACGCUGUUUACAACUCCAAUGAAAAGUGUUGACCGAGUUAUUCCCGCAGUUUAAGAAGUAUUUAACAAAGUAAACAGUAUCCUCCUCCAAUCACAACGUCAGGCUUUGCUGCAAUCUUUAAAGUGUCCAAUCACAGCCUGGCCGUCUUGAUUUAUUGGAGAAUAACUCAAGCUACUUACCUUUAAGGGCAAAGUGUUGACAUUCAGUGUGUACCAAAGUGAGCCCUUCUCGUCUCUGAUUUAAAACUCUCACUUAAAGUAUUUUUUUCUUCUAACUAUUCCCAAGAACACAAGCCUGUAAUUUACAUUUUUUUGAGGCAUAGUGCAAUUAUGAAUGCUAUAAUCAUUGUACAUACAUCUCUCUCUCUCUAUACAUAUAUAUAUAUAUAUAUGGCAGCAUCUUUGUUGGCUUUGUAAUCAUUACUUUUUUGGCAGAUUGAAUGUGCGGUAUUGGAAAUAUGUAUCUAUGUAAUUGUAUUGUAUGUCUCAUGGCUAAUUCAUUUUUUGGAAGAAAAAAAAAUGUUAUUUACA